CACGUGCUAUCGCUGUCACUUUAGCGUAGUAACUUGGCCGUGAAAAUGCGAGCGUUUUAACAAAUUUUAAUAUUUACGAAUUUAAUUAAAUACAAAACAAUAUGCUACGAAGGCAGGCGCGUUUGCGCCGCGAGUACUUGUAUAGAAAAUCAGUGGAAGACAAACAGAAGAGUAUUCAAGCGAAAAAAGAUCAGAUCAAGAGGAGCUUGGAAGAAAACAUUCCGAUUCAUGGAGAUUUGAGGAAAGAAGCGCUGGCUUUACAGAAGAGGAUAGAUUUUGAGGAUAAAGGGCCUCAAAGAGCAGCAGUAAUUGGCGGUUUCAGUGGGGGUGCUAACACACAGAACUCUCAGGAUGACGAGUACCGAUAUGCUGGGGUCGAAGACCCAAAGAUCAUGAUCACAACGUCUAGAGAGCCCAGUGCCCGGCUCAAGAUGUUUGUUAAGGAACUUAGGUUAAUAUUCCCAAACAGCCAGCGCAUGAACAGAGGUGGUUAUGAGAUGUCUCAGCUGAUUCACGCCUGUCGCGCAAAUGAGGUUACCGACUUCAUUGUGGUCCAUGAGCAUAGAGGCGUCCCUGACGCUUUGGUUAUAUGCCACCUGCCCUAUGGCCCUACGGCAUCCUUUACGCUCUCAGGCGUCGUGAUGAGACAUGAUAUUCCAGAUCUAGGCCCCAUGUCGGAACAGUACCCACACCUCGUAUUCCAUAACUUCAAAACUGACUUGGGUCUGCGAACUAUGAGUAUUCUGAAGUACCUGUUCCCGGUGCCUAAACCGGACUCGAAGCGGGUCGUCACAUUCGCUAACAACGAUGAUUAUAUCAGCUUCAGACAACAUACGUACAGAAAGUCGGGCAAAGACAUCGAUCUAACAGAAAUCGGUCCGCGCUUCCAAAUGAAACUGUAUGAGAUAAAACUCGGCACGCUGGACGCCCUGGACGCCGCGGACACGGAGUGGGCGCUCCGCCCCUACAUGAACACCGCAGCCAAAAGGCGAUUCCUCAGUUUGGAAGAUGGCUGGAAGGAGGAGCAACAGGAUUAAAUAAAUUACUAUUAAAA